CGCGGCAAUUGGCAAACCCCCAAACCUCUAACUCGAAGCACAAAGCCCCACACUCUUCUCUCUCAGAAAAACCCGAAAAGUUGAAGAUAUUUACCAGAAAACCUAGAGAGAGAGGGAAAGGGAAAGAAAAAGGAUCAGUAACAGAGAAGUCAUUGGUCUCUGCGCUUUCUUCCUGGAGGCUCCGGCGAGUUUCCGGUGGGAAUCUGGCGCCAUGUCGCCGGAGAAUACCAAUAUCCGGUCACUGCUCGAUAAACCGCUUCACCAGCUCACUGAAGACGACAUUUCUCAGCUCACUCGCGAGGAUUGCCGCAAAUACCUCAAAGAAAAAGGAAUGCGAAGGCCGUCCUGGAACAAAUCUCAGGCGAUCCAGCAAGUGAUCUCGCUAAAGACGCUUCUCGAAACGACGUCGGAUUGCGGCGGCGGAGAUGCCGCCGGAGCUCGGAAGAAGCUCUUUGUUCCUCCACCGGAAAAUCAGCAUCGUGUCCCUUUGACUCGGAUCUCUGUGUCGGAUGAAGAAUCGGUUCCGUAUCAGCGACAAGAUCCCCCGAAACCCGAUAUUUCCGGCGAUACAGAGGCCCACCUUUUGGCGGCGGCGGAUAGUGACUCCAUUCCUCCAAGAACCUUGGAUGCAAUGAAUGGGCCAGCAGGACAGAUGACAAUUUUCUACUGUGGGAAGGUGAACGUUUAUGAUGAUGUGCCUAUGGAUAAGAAUUUUCAGGCAAAAGCAAUAAUGCAGCUUGCUGCAAGCUCACUUCAUUUGCAUCAGGAAGCUCCAUGUGAUGGAACUCCAGAAUUACUGCCUUUCUCAUGCCAUUUACGGGUUGCAAGUGUUAAAAUAGGCCCAAGUUCUCCUACAGUGAUCUACCCAACAUUGCAAACAGUGAAAAUGACAGAAAAUUGUCAGCUGCACAGAGAAGAAAGCAACAUAUUUCAUGAAGACAACCACCCUGCUGCAGAAGUUCCAACAAGCAGAAAAGCAUCAGUGCAAAGAUAUCUUGAGAAGCGAAAAGACAGGUUUAAAAGCAAGAAAAGAGGAGGAAUGCCUUCAUCUGCUGGCUUAGACAUCUACUUAAACCAUCGGGUGGGGGAUCAGAUACCAAAUGAUCAGUCAAACCAGAGUGAUGCAUGCUCCCUUUCCCACUGCAGAGCACACCACAUCCCUACCCCAUGCAGCUUGGUCGAGAAUAUGACAAAGCAUACUAAUCUCUCUGCUGAUCUCAGUAUCAAAGAUGUCCAAGAGCAUUGAAUAUGCAAGGAUGAUUGACAAUACCAUGGUAGUGUUUAUCUUCAUGUCACGCAAGGACUUGCGUGGAGAAACAACAUAGUAUUAACAAACCCCUAACGUGACCUGACUAUGUCAUGUUUUGUAUUGAGAUGAGUGGAGGCUUUGUCGAAUCCUUUUCUUCUUGUUUUUCUUUGUGUAUGUUAUCCUAAUGAGCAUAUUCUUCUCUCUUUUUAUCAAUAGUAGAAGUUAAAUCCUGUGACCACCA